AGCCGGUCUUCAUCUCACAUUGGAUUCCGAUCCCACAUAAAGUCCCCAUAUCUCGACCGAUCAACUUUCAAAUUACCACCGCCAUCAUGUUGUCCAAAGCGGCCCUCCUCGCCUUUUCGGCCCUCUCCCUCGUCUCGAGCGUCGGCGCAAUCGACCACGUCCAAGACCCCCAGCGAAUGCUCCAACUCAACGACGCCACGACGGCCCUCGAGCGCCUCAACAUCCUCUCCUCCGACCGUGACUGGCUCUUCGACUUCAAAGCCCAGUCCACCUGGACCGAAGACCCCGGCUCGGUCGUCAACGCCAACGCCGUGACGUUCCCCGCAGCAUUCGGAAACGGAAUGACCAUGGCCCUCCUCACCCUCGGACCGUGCGCUCAGCUCCCUCCGCACUUCCAUCCCCGCGGCUCGAACUACGUCAUGCACGUUGCGGGCCCGGCGGUCAAAACGUACAUGACGAUGGAAAACGGUGCGCGUACGGUGGAGGAGAAGAUAUUGCCAUAUCAGAUGACGAUCUUCCCGCAUGCAAGCGUCCAUGCGAUGGAGAACACCGGCUGCGAGACCGCAUACCUUGUCUCAGCUCUCAACAGCGAAGAUCCGGCGACACAUAAUCUUGCUAACGCAUUCUUCGCCCUCAAUUCCGAGCUCACAGAUGCGUCGAUGGGGUACCAACGGCUGGCUGUUAAUAACAGCGAGAUCCCUCCGCCGGGGACUGGGAGCCUUGCUGGGAGGGAAUCUUGUCUGAAGAGAUGCGAAGGCACUACUCGUCGCGCUAAAGAAUAG